AGAAAGAAAGAAAGAAAGAAAGAAAGAAAGAAAUUGACUGUGCUGCAGAAAAAUGAAUCUUAUUGUGAAACUUCGUAGAAGUUUCCGAACACUUGUAAUACUCUUAGCCACUUUCUGUUUAGUGAGUAUAGUCAUUUCUGCUUAUUACUUGUAUGCAGGUCACAAGCAAGAAAUGGUUCUCAUUGAGACCACAGGAGGGGUUGAGUGUGAACAUCUUAAGCUCUUGCCAUACAGGUCAAUAGAGCUCAAGACAGUGAAGCCCAUUGAUCCAUCAAGGACUGACCCAACUGUCCUGCUUUUUGUUGAAAGCCAGUACUCUCAGCUUGGUCAAGACAUUAUAGCCAUUCUGGAAUCUAGUCGAUUUCCAUAUCAGAUGGUGAUUGCAUCUGGGAAAGGAGACAUUCCUCCCCUGGCAGAUAAUGGCAAAGGAAAAUACAUUCUUGUAAUAUAUGAAAAUAUUCUGAAGUACACAUCCAUGGAUUCAUGGAACAGAGAACUCCUGGAAAAAUACUGUGUGGAAUACAGUGUUAGCAUAAUUGGUUUUCAUAAAGCCAAUGAGAACAGUUUGUCAAGCACUACACUCAAAGGAUUCCCAUUACACCUUUAUAAUAAUGUUGCGCUGCAAGACUGCUUAGUAAAUCCCCAGUCUCCUCUUCUGCACAUAACCAAAGCCCCAAGGGUUGAGAAAGGUCCACUGCCUGGUGAAGACUGGACCAUUUUCCAAUAUAAUCACUCCACAUACCAACCAGUGCUUUUAACAGAAUUUCAGACUUCCAAACCAUUCCCGGCUUCACUGCCAAAGGUUUCUCUCUAUGCUACAGUGGUUCAGGACUUGGGACUUCACGAUGGGAUUCAAAGAGUCCUUUUUGGGAACAACUUGAACUUUUGGCUGCACAAACUCAUUUUUAUAGAUGCCAUCUCAUUCCUGACAGGGAAACAGCUUGCCUUGUCCUUGGAUAGAUACAUCCUUGUUGACAUCGAUGAUAUCUUUGUUGGGAAGGAAGGGACAAGAAUGAAUGUAAAAGAUGUGAAGGCCUUACUAGAGACUCAAAUUUUACUACGCACUCAGGUUGCAAAUUUUACCUUCAACCUUGGAUUUUCAGGAAAGUUUUACCACACAGGAACUAUUGAAGAAGAUGAAGGUGAUGACUUGUUGUUGAGUUCUGUGGAUGAGUUCUGGUGGUUUCCUCACAUGUGGAGUCACAUGCAACCUCAUCUCUUCCAUAAUGAGUCAUCGCUAGUGGAACAGAUGAUUCUCAACAAGGACUUUGCACUAGAACAUGGCAUUCCAACUGAAAUGGGCUAUGCUGUAGCUCCGCACCAUUCUGGUGUCUACCCUGUUCAUAUACAGCUUUAUGAAGCCUGGAAGAAAGUCUGGGGUAUUAAAGUCACCAGUACCGAAGAAUAUCCUCAUCUGAAACCAGCACGGUACAGGCGGGGCUUCAUCCACAAUGGCAUCAUGGUCCUCCCUCGGCAGACAUGCGGACUUUUCACCCAUACAAUUUUUUACAAAGAAUAUCCUGGAGGGCCUCAAGAAUUAGACAAAAGUAUCCAAGGAGGUGAACUGUUUCUUACCAUCCUUCUUAACCCAAUCAGCAUCUUCAUGACUCACUUGUCUAACUAUGGGAAUGACCGUCUGGGUUUAUACACAUUUGUCAAUCUGGCCAGUUUUGUGCAAGGCUGGACCAACCUGAGGCUGCAGACGCUACCUCCACUCCAACUGGCUCAGAAGUACUUUGAGCUCUUCCCGGAGCAAAAAGACCCCCUGUGGCAGAAUCCAUGUGAUGACAGGCGCCAUCGGGACAUCUGGUCUAGAGACAAAACAUGUAACCACCUACCAAAAUUUCUUGUGAUUGGACCCCAAAAAACAGGAACAACAGCACUUUAUUUAUUUCUCCUUAUGCAUCCUUCCAUCAUUAGUAAUCUCCCUAGUCCAAAAACCUUUGAAGAAGUUCAGUUCUUUAAUGGAAACAACUAUCAUAAGGGAAUUGACUGGUAUAUGAGCUUUUUCCCCACCCCUUCUAAUACCACCACUGAUAUCUUGUUUGAGAAAAGUGCCAACUACUUUCAUUCAGAAGAAGCUCCCAAACGGGCUGCCUCCUUGAUUCCAAAAGCAAAAAUCAUCACCAUUCUCAUUGAUCCAUCUGACCGAGCAUAUUCCUGGUAUCAGCAUCAGCGUUCCCAUGAGGAUGCUGCUGCUCUGAAGUUCAAUUUCUAUGAAGUUAUUACUUCAGAUGACUGGGCACCCCCUGAGCUAAGGACUCUGCAGAAAAGGUGUUUGAUUCCUGGCUGGUACGCUAUCCAUAUAGAAAGAUGGCUAAGGCACUUCCCUACUUCACAGUUGCUAAUAAUCGAUGGACAGCAGCUAAGAAGUGAUCCAGCUAGCAUAAUGGAUGAAGUGCAGAAGUUUCUGGGAGUUUCUCCUCAUUAUAAUUAUUCUGAAGCCCUAACCUUUGAUCCCCAGAAAGGAUUUUGGUGUCAGCUGCUGGAAGGAGGAAAGACAAAAUGUCUGGGGAAAAGCAAAGGUCGGAAAUACCCACCAAUGGAUCAAGAGUCUAGAGAGUUCCUUUCCAACUACUACCGAGAUCAGAACGUGGAACUGUCCAAACUGCUACACAGACUGGGACAACCUUUGCCAUCUUGGCUAAGACAAGAGCUUCAAAAAGUGAGAUAGCAUCAAGAAGAAGACAGAGUACCUAAACCCUGCUUCCUUCACUUCACCAUCCGUCACUUUCUGGCUCACUUGUUAGUAGAGGACCUCAUGAAAAAUAAUUAUUGAAGAGUUGUUUUUUAAAGGGAUGCACAGGGAAAAAAAGGGGAAUUGUUAUAAAUGCACUUUGCUGGCUGUUUAUUACUAUCUUUGGGGUCAACUUCCAGGAAAAGCUACAGAGCAAGGAGGUGUUAAUCUUUAUUCAGUCUGGGACACAUGCAUAUUCUGUUUAACCAGAAAAGUCCUAGGAACUAUAUUUUACAACUGAUAGUCUUUAUCAUAUAUGAUAAAUUAACACCUGUCAAGACACAAGCAAAGAAUGGAAGCAUUUUUCUAUGGAUUGCAAGGUUUGUAAUUUCCUUGACAACUACAGUUUUGGUUCAGUUUGCACAACCUCCCCCCGUUUGUUAUUUUGGGGCUGGUUUUACAAACACCUGUAUUCUAUACUACUGCAACUAAAAUAAAGGUUGUUACAAUCUCCAGGGGGCUGUCUUUUCUAGUAUAUUUGAUAGCUGCAUACUGCUUUUUUUUUCUUUCUUUUUCUUUUCAAUAAUCUAGUAAGAAUAUUGGAUUCUGUACGAAAAUAGCACAAUAUGU